CGGCAAGGUCAGUCACCAUCUCUCCCUCUCUCUUAAAUCGCCGCACCCGCCUUCCUGCGCCUCCACUUCCCACUCUCUCUCGGACCUCCGCCCUCCUCAUUCCCAUACUGGGCUCGCAUUGAGUCGAGAUCUCCUCCCACCGCCCACCGGUUGCCACCAUGUCCAAGACGGGAGCCCUGGAUCUCGCUUCUGGCCUUGGCGGGAAGAUCAACAAGGAAGGAGUCAAAUCCGCGGUCGAUGAGUAUGAGAAGUAUCAUGGAUACUACGGAGGGAAGGAGGAAUCAAGGAAGUUCAACUACACUGAUAUGGUUAAUAAGUACUAUGAUCUUUCUACUAGCUUCUAUGAGUAUGGCUGGGGUGAAUCCUUCCACUUUGCUCACAGGUGGAGUGGGGAAUCUUUAAGGGAAAGUAUCAAACGGCACGAGCACUUCCUGGCCCUUCAGCUUGAGUUGAAACCAGGGAUGAAGGUUUUGGACGUUGGCUGUGGAAUAGGCGGACCAUUGAGAGAAAUUGCCAGAUUUAGCUCGACCUCAGUUACUGGAUUAAACAACAACGACUAUCAGAUAACUAGGGGAAAGGAGCUCAAUCGAUUGGCAGGACUGAGUGGAACAUGUGACUUUGUCAAGGCAGACUUCAUGAAUAUGCCAUUCUCCGAUAACACUUUCGAUGCUGUUUAUGCCAUUGAGGCAACAUGCCAUGCACCUGACCCGGUUGGCUGCUAUAAGGAGAUCUACCGUGUAUUAAAACCUGGGCAGUGUUUUGCUGUGUAUGAGUGGUGCAUUACAGAUCACUAUGAUGCAAACAAUGCAACCCACAAGAGGAUCAAGGAUGAAAUUGAGCUUGGUAAUGGUCUACCAGAUAUCAGAAGUACUAAACAAUGUCUUCAAGCUGUUAAAGAUGCUGGGUUUGAGGUUAUUUGGGAUAAGGAUCUUGCUGUAGAUUCUCCAUUGCCUUGGUACUUGCCCUUGGAUCCUAGUCGAUUUUCCUUGAGUAGUUUCCGUUUGACUACCGUGGGACGACUAGUUACUCGCAAUAUGGUCAAGGCAUUGGAAUACAUCGGUCUUGCUCCGGAAGGCAGUCAGAGGGUCUCUAAUUUCUUAGAGAAGGCUGCGGAUGGUCUUGUUGAAGGUGGCAAGAAGGAGAUCUUCACCCCGAUGUACUUCUUUGUGGUUCGGAAGCCUCUUUCAGAAUGAACAGCUUUCAGGUUUGAAGCCAGACCUAUUCAUUUUGAACAAGCGGACUUGGGGAGUUUGAUUAUGCCUAGGAUUCUGGGUUCUUACAUGUAGAAGAUAAAUAGUGAAUGUGUUAAGGUCUCUGUUUGUUCUGUUGUGUUCAAUGUUGAGUUUCUGGUUUGUUGUUUUGUCAUGUGAGCUUUCGAUUACUGCUCAGUCUGUGGAUUGCUCUUGUUCUAGUUCAAACAAGCUAAAUUCAGUUAUCUUUCCCUUCUGAUAAGCUAUUAGUGACAUAAAUAAGCUAAAUGCAAUUUUCUUUCCCGUGA